CAAAUUUCUCUGAACACACUCAAACAACAUUUCCCCAAAAAAACAAAAAACAAAAACAAAAAUCGGCAAUGGAAGAAAAUCAACAAGAAGCUUCAAUGCCACUAGUUCCUAUAGACAGCUUCUCUUACAGUUGGUUAGUUAACUUUUCUUCUUUAGAAACUUCCAUUGAUGAUCAUCAUCAAACCUACGAAGAUUCUUCUUCUUCUUCUUCCUUCAUCGAGAUGGAUCCAAGAUUGCCUCCUUCUAGAAGAUUUUUCAUCAACAAAGCCCAUGAGAGUAGCUUCAAGUUCGAUAACUUCGUUUCUUUCACCGACGAAGAUCACUCUUUAGUUCACGCCGACGAGCUCUUCCGUGACGGCUACGUCGUGCCUUACCGAUCAAAAGCCACGUCAGCAGCUACCAAGGAAGAAUCUCAACCGUUAGAUACGACGACAGGGAAGAAGAUGGAGACACGUGGCGUUCAGAGCAAGUCAUGUAGAAAGUUGAGGAGAGUGUCAAAAUGGGUUUUGUUGAAGUAUCUUGAUUUUUUAACGCCAUUGUGUAGAAGAUUAAGGAGACGUAGAUCCGCUGGAUCAUCCGGAAGUAUUGGUAUCGACUCGAGGAUCCGUGUAACGACGUCGUCUAGGAGAAGAGUUUAUUCUGAUGAAACGACUUCGUCACCAAGAAUAAGUGUUGCAGAUGAUUAUGAUUGGAGAAGGUCUUGUGACUCCGAGAGCUCCAUAUACGAGGCUGUUCUUCAUUGCAAGAAAUCAUUUGAGAAAUGAGAAGAAUCCAUGUAAAAGGAGCAGGUAGGAGUAGAGAUGGAGAAUAUUAAACUUGAGAAGAAGCAAAUUGCAUUAACACGUUACACAUGGAGUGGGAGAGAGAGAGAGAGCUACUUGUGAUGUGUCUUUUUUUGUUUCUCUCUCUUGAAUUAAAGAGAUUGAUGUGAUGAUAUCAUGUGAAUGUGUCAUCUGAUGUGGAUCAAGAAUGUUUUUUUUCUUUUUCCUUUUUUUUUUUAACAUGAGUGGGCACAUAUAUAGGUUAUAUGGGCAGCUAGCAGAAUCAAGAAAUAUUUUCAGAUUUUCUUGGCUAUUUUUCUCCACAUAUGUAAGUUAAACUGUUUCUUUUUAUAUAUGUAAACCUAUAUGUGCCUACCCAUGUUUUACUUUCUGGUACCAAUUGUGUUUGAAUAUUCUUACUUUUUUGUACAAAUUUUGUCUUUUCUUGUCUUAGAGAUCAUUUGGAGAUGUCAUCAUGCAUGAUUGAACUCCUUUUCUUAUCAUAAUUGUAACUCAAAUAAAUUAUUCGAAUAAAAAUAUAUAAAA